AUGCGCUCAUUGGGAGCACUGCGUGUUGCGCUGCACGCAUCUCUGCUGGUCCUGCUGGCACAAGGGAUCCACAAAUCCAAAGAUGGAGUUUAUACCAGGGCUCUGCAUCGUUUUUCUCUCAUGGAUCGAUCGACUGGGUAUCACCUGCCGACAUACAUGGUUCACCUCUAUAGGAAUUUGAAGUCAAACUUUUCCAGACCUUUGGAUACUUUGGAACAGUUUGGCGCAAAACGGGCGGACACUAUAAAGAGCGUGAUGGCUAAAAGUUUGACGUACAGGCAGAUGCGCUGGAUUGCGACCUUUGACCUCCACACCUUGCUGCUAGACAAACAGGUUCAGGCAGCAGAGCUCAGACUCAGGCUUCCUCGGACACUGAGUGUUUCCAACGUUUCUGUGGAGGUUUAUCACCAGCACGGCCAGUCGUGCCUUUCACACAGGCCCUGCCAACAGCAGCAGCUGGUGGGUCUGCUCACUGAACCAUCACUGGUCACUUCAUCCCAGAGCUGGAGAGUGUUUAACAUGACAAGCCCUCUGCUGACCUGGCUCAGGGACAAGUCCCCAGCGAGACAGCCACGAAAACAAAUGUCAAGAAGAAGGAGAGAGGAAAAAAUGAGGAGAGACCUGUCAUUUCCUGAUCAGCCUGUGGGGAGUUCAAGACGAGAACAGGACGUGAGCGACCGGGCCUUGUUGGUCGUUUUCUCACACACCGACUCAGAUGAAAACCCAAAGGCCAAAGCCAGCUUACUCUACACAGCUGAACAAUCCAAGUUCUUGUCCCCCGCUGAAAUCAAAAAGGCCCGCUGGCCAAAGAGACGCAGGAGCAAACGAGGCCAGCGAGAACAAACAGCCAAAAGCCCACAGGUGUCCAAAAGAGGCGGCGAAAAGUCUUUGUGCCGCAGAGUUGACCUGCACGUGGACUUCAAUCAGAUCGGAUGGGGGUCCUGGAUCAUCUUUCCCAAAAGAUACAACGCAUACCGCUGUGAAGGUUCCUGCCCUAGUCCCCUCAGAGAAGAUCUGAAUCCAACCAACCAUGCCUACAUGCAGAGUUUAUUGAAGUACUACCACCCGGACAGAGUGGCGUCUCCCUGCUGCGCCCCCACCAGAAUGAGCCCGUUGAGCAUGUUGUACUACGAGAGCGGGGAGAUGCUCCUGCGACACCACGAGGACAUGAUAGUGGACGAGUGCGGCUGCCAGUGACAGCUGGACCCACCAGCAGACGACCGAACAGAAACACUUAACAGGAAGGACGAAGCGCUUUGAUACGCGUCACUGUGCACUGAAGGGUUCUAUGUGCAGAGAUGGGAUGUGGAACUCUGGUUUGUAGGGAGAACAUUGUUAUUUCAAGUUGUGCUGAAAUGCAAACUCAAAUCAAUGAUGUACACCUUUACUAAUCCGUGUGUGUUAAGAAAUUGUCAUGUUUUUGAAGAAUUCAGCACUGUUUUUACUGUAAUGCAUAC